AGAUUCUUUUCAAUAUCAAAUGUUUUCAAUCAGUGAUGAUUUUCAAAUUUGAUCUAGUAAGUCUGUUGAGCAUCUCAAUCAUAACAUGGAACUCUUUUUAUGUCGAUGGGACUCAAUUGGAGUCACCAAAGUGCGCGAGCUGUGACAGUGUUCAGUACGCGUGCGCUGGUCUUGCAACCUCCGGCAUCUUCUGCGAUAAUGCAACAGAUCGAGAGAAAAUUAAACCAAAAAAAACCGCUACAAAAGGAACACUUGCACAAUGUGUGCCCGAUGAUUACGAAGUGACAGGUGAUAUAUGGGAUUGGUGCUGCUUUUGGAACCCGAAAAUGGGAUGCCAACAGCUUACGGGACACUACUAUCAGCUGCAUGAAGACUGGAAUAUUACCUGUAUGCUCUGUCUGUGGUCGUGCGGCUGCGAUACAGGAGCAAAUGAAGCCAGAAGUGGCCUUGCCAGAGUACUGCUGCUUUGCUACACUAUUAUCGGAAUUUACUCUAAACUAUUGUACAUAUACGAAAUAUACUAAGAAUUCUUGCAGUUUCCACUUUUA